GCGAUCAAUAUGAAUCGUUUCGAAUCCUUAAUACUUGUGGUUUUGCUUAAUUUCUCGCUGUCCUAUGGCGAAACAAUGGUGCGUUUGGCGGGAGGACAUAGCCGCGCCAUUGGCACGCUGCAGGUCGAGAUCAGAGGGGAAUGGUUGACGGUAUGCUCGAACACUGGCUACAAUACAAAGGGAAUAGCCCCAGUCGUGUGUGGGAUGAUUAAUGCUACUGCAACCGCUUUCAACGGCUCAACAGCACAUAUACACGAAACACCUUCAAAUGAAAAUGAGGGGAUCUCGAUGAAUAACCUACACUGUAAAGGCUCGGAGGAAGACCUCUUGUUCUGCAAGUCUGAUCUUUGGUUGGCAAACACAUGCCAUAGUAACGGAUUCGCUUUUCGGAUUGAAUGUAACACGCCAGUAGACUUCGACAACUCAAGGGUAGCGGAUUACGCUGUCGGGGGUACUGGAUCCAUGGAGUAUCUGUGUGACGGAGGCUUUGGGUCCGAAGAGGCGCAGGUUUAUUGCAGAACAGCAAAUCGUCCGACAUGGAAUGCAUUAAUAAUGCAUGGUCAGUACGCCGGAUCCUCUCAACAGAUUCACGCGAACUGCAAUGGAUACGAAACUGACAUAUCACAGUGUAACCUAUUAAAGUCGAACUGUGGACAAUACAAUAGUGUCAGAGUGGCUUGUUUAGAAACAGACAUUCAGCUAAUUGGAGGCCAUAACAAUCUGACCGGAACUGCCUAUGUGAACGCUACUGAUAAAUGGCGAUACAUAUGCGCUGAUCACUUCGGGCCUAAUGAGGCUAGAGUCGUGUGCAAAAUGCACAGUGGAACUAAUGUCCCUGGUCAGAUAUCCCGCAAAUAUGUUGGCCAUUACGGACUGGUGUCAGACUUACAAUGUACGGGCAGCGAGGAUGACGUGUCUUUGUGUACCUCAAACGUCGGAGGUUACUGCAACAGCGGAUACGCCGCCGCUGUGGAUUGUAACACGGUUCGUCUCUUUGGUGGAUCUCGUUAUGAGAACGGUCGUGUGGAAGUAUAUGACAGCUUCAACCAAACCUGGGAGACCGUAUGCUACGAUCAUUUCAGCGACAGAGACGCACAAGUUAUUUGCAGACAACUGGGAUUCUUGGAUGGGAGGCAUCGACACUCAGCGUUUAGUUAUAACCUAAGACCUACUAUACAAAGUAUUACUUGUAAUGGGUUUGAGGAUGACCUAUCGCAGUGUGCAAUCGACGGAGAAAACGUCCAAUGCAGUUAUGUUGCUGAAGUGGAUUGCAAUGGUCGAGAUGGUCUAGCACCACCCCCAACUGUGUCGUAUUCCCCUCAAGUACGCCUGGUUGACGGUGAACAUACACAUUCUGGACGGGUGGAGGUUUACUACCAAAACCAAUGGGGGACUGUCUGUAGACAAAACUUUGACUUCGAGGACCUCAUGGUUGUAUGCAGAACAUUAAAUUACUAUCGUGGAAACAGUUAUGGAAUAAUAUACGAAGGGGUACCAGCUUCCGGAGGAAAUGUGGUUAUUGAAGACUUACAGUGUCACGGUGGCGAAACCAACGUUAAACAUUGUAAAUCCAAGGUCUGGCUGUCCAAUACAUGUGACCACUCUCAGGAUGUCAGUAUUGACUGUAACAGUUAUUUUCAUGCAGGAUAUACAGAAAGGCCAUAUGGAUCGAUGUUUGAUAGUAAUUAUACUUUUGGCCCUGUAGAUGGAGACAUUCGACUCAUAAACGGUAACGAUUACUACAGUAUAGGACGUCUGGAAGUAUACUACAGCGGACAGUGGGGAACUGUUUGUAGUAGGGGUUUCGACGUUCGGGACGCAGAGACCGUGUGUCGUGUCCUCAAUAAAUACGGAUCAGCAACCUAUUAUAAGUCGUACACUAGGGAGGGACCAGGUAACGGCGCAAUUAUGAUAGAGAACCUCCAGUGUCAGGGUAGAGAGUGGAGCCUAGCUCAGUGUGAAUCCGGGAAGUGGUUGUCGAAUAUGUACUGUAGUCAUAGCGAGGAUAUCAGCGUGGAUUGCUCAGGUCGGGCAUUGGAAGCUACUACCAAUUGGUUUCGCGACACUACUCCAAUUUCAUCGAACUGCGGAGGGUAUUUCAACGGUUUGACGGGCUAUAUUACCUCACCAAAUUAUCCUUACGAGUACUACAACAACUUACAUUGCGAGUACCGUCUCAGCGUUCCAAGCGGUUACAUGAUGUGUCUGCAUAUUGAACACUUGGACAUUGAGACCUGUUGUGACCAUCUUCAGCUCUAUGAUGGACCUUCCUCGUCGUAUAAUUUAAUAAGCAGCUUAACUACAACAUCUGCUACGAACGACACGGAGAUAUGCUCUAUGUAUACCGGGCUCACAAUGACUGUAGUGUUCACGACGGACGGGACUGUCACACUGACAGGGUUUAAUAUUACUUUUUCUGCGUCACUUCCAGAUUCAAAUGAUACAAUCCGUCUUGUUAACGGUCACAGCCCAUAUUCGGGUCGGGUAGAGGUCUAUCACAACGGGCAGUGGGGCACGGUAUGCGACGAUGACUUUGAUCAUAGAGACGUCAAGGUCAUCUGUAGGAUGCUUGGAUACUACCAGGGGGAACAGUAUGGUCGCCCAUACCAACAUGCAUCUAUUGGAUCGGGAUCGGGAAUGAUAUGGCUGGACAAUCUCGAGUGUAGCGGGUACGAGUCAGGUGUACAAUUUUGUAGUCACAAUUCGUGGGGCGACAAUGACUGCGGUCAUGGCGAGGAUGCUGGCGUCGACUGUCAUGCCUACUUCUAUGAAACUACGACAUAUUACCCUUCAAGAACACAUCAUCGGACAACUUAUCCUUGGUGGCUGCAGACCUCAGAGUACACAACCUCCCAGCCCUGGUGGCAGCAGACCUCAGAGUACACAGCCUACCAGCUCUGGUGGAUGACAACCUCAGGCUACACUGUGUACGAUGCGAUCCGGGUGAGCUGUAAUGAACAGGGCUGGGAUAUCCAGGUGGACAUGAAUCGCCUGCGGAUGGCCUCGUCCGGCGCCCUCGCCUCCGACAUCUACCUUGGGGAUAACUCGUGCACGGGCACAGAGGAGUGGGGCGUCCUGCACUUCCGACAGGGCUUACAGCAAUGUCUAACAUCCGAGACGAUGAGAAACAAUACGUUGGUUUACUCUAACGAGCUGGUGUACGCCGAGCAUGACCCCGUCUACAGUUUCAUCAUCCGCAGUUACAACUGGACAGUCGGGGUGGAGUGUGAUGUCGAAGGAAACGAUACUUCUUCAGGGCACAUCCAUAAUGACAACGACCAACAUACGGCGGUUCCGGUGGCGGGCGCCGGGAAGUACGACGUCAACAUGACAUUCUAUCGCGAUGCCAACUUCCAGAUGCCGCUGCCCGGAAACCCGCUGCACGUGCCCGUUGACACGUACGUGUAUGUGAAGAUGUACACGACGACUAGCGACUGGACCGUGGCGAUGCGCGUGGAUUCAUGCUACACGCGCCCCGCCAACAGCUCCUCGAACAGCCUUCAGUAUUUCCUCAUUAAAAACGGGUGCGAAAUGGAUUCAAACACUCAUCUGAUUUCGCAGUCGGCACACGAGACUCGCUUUGUCUUCAAAGACUUUGAGUACACGAACAGCCACGAGGGUAUUGACGUCACGUGUGACGCCACGUUCUGCAGCGCCAAUGACGUCUCCCGCCAAUGCACACAGACGUGUAACCCGGUGGUCAGGCGGGCGGGACACGUGUACCUCCCAAAAGUAACAACAGAAGCAACAGCAGAAAGCAAUGUCAACACAGACGAUGUCGUCAACUCAGAUUUGUGAAUGAUGUCACCGCCGACAGUCACGUCAGCCCUGUCAAUGAUGUCAUCACUGACAGUCACGAAAGCUCAUCUGAAAGUUAAAUAUAAACUGAUAAUAAAAUUCCAAUCGAAAUAUAAUACUUGGUCUGCAUGUGUUUAAUUUUGUGAGUUACUUAGUACUCGGAAUUUCACGUUCAUUCAGCCAUAUAAAUUAAAGAUGAAGAACAGCGAUUAUUUUUUUCAUCUCUUUUGUUAUUAAACAACCCGCAGAAUUUUGAACUAUAUAGCAGCAUCAACGGCGCCAAAUACAGAUUGAUGCGAUACAUGUUCUCACCAAUGUAUGUUUUUAUAACUAAUAAAUAUAUAAUCAUGCAGUCAGCUUGUAGCACUUACUGAUCUAUCGCUUUAUGGGCCUGGGUUUGUGGCGCCACAGGACGCCGACAGCUUACAAUGACCCGAGGGCGGAAAUGAAGAGAAUUCAUAAAAGGCUUUCCCCUGGCCUCUUUGUGUUCUUAUGGCGUCUUAAGUCAUUUCUAAACUUAAGUCAAAUUCUUAAAACUUC